CCUCCGGGCGGCGGCCCGGCUGCGCCUGCGCGGCCAUGGCGGCGGCCUGUGCGGAGAUGGAGCCGGCGGCGGCGCCUCCUUCUUCUCCUCCCGCAGCCGCGCCGGGAUCGGCCGGGCUGGUGUGCGCGCAGGGCCGGAACCUGAAGGCGGUGCUGUGCCAGCGCUGCGGAUCCCGGGUGCUGCUGCCCGGAGCCGCCACCUUCACCUGCCGCGAGCUGCUGCUGCCCGCCAUGAGGAAGAAGGCGGCGGCGACGGCGGACGGCGGCGACGGGGACGUGGUGCGGGAGCACUGGCUGGUGCGCGACAUGUUCUCCUUCGAGAACGUGGGCUUCACCCGCGACGUGGGCAACGUCAAGUUCCUGGUGUGCGCCGACUGCGAGGCCGGGCCCAUCGGCUGGCACUGCGUGGACGACAAGGACAGCUUCUACGUGGCGCUGGAGCGCGUGGCCCACGAGUGACAGCGGCGCGGGGCUGGGACGGCUGGCAGCGCAGGGUGCAUCCCUGCUGGGCGGCACAAGGACCGGUGUGAUGCCCCGGAGUGGCACCGUGCCCCUCGGCCACCGCCGGACUGCAGGACACACGGCACAGCAGGACACGCGGCACAGCCGGCUCUGCCCACGUGGGAGUGGCAGCGCUGCUGGCAGAGCUGCAGAGCAGCACAGCAGGGUGGCUCUGCAGGGCAGCUCGGUGUCACUCCUCCUUGUGUCGUGGCCGUUCUAAAUGUGCUGGGAUGUCUGUGGGGUGACUGGUUUGUGGCACAGCCCCGGCAGAGCAGGAGGAGGAGAGGACUGCUGUGCUGAUCCGUGAGGUGUCUGACCUACGGCCGGGACGCUGCAGGUGUCAGGCUGUGUUCAAUGCUGAUGUUCCCUGCCCCAGACCUUAACGUUUAGGUUCUCUAAAAUCUCGCCCUACUUGACGACUGUAACCUGUAAGAAUAUAUGGUACCUAAAGUGUGUGUAAGGGUAUUUUAACUGGUGUGGUUUUAUUAACUGAGUACUUGGAAAUAAAACGAGAUGCAGAUACUGGGCA